UUUUUCAAGUCUCCAGCAUCAAAAAAUGACUCUGCAUACUAAUUUUCAUGGUUGAUGAGAAAAUAUGAUUUAGGAAAUGGAAAUGUGAGAUUGAAAGAAAGACUUUGUGUUUUUAUUUUCUGAGAACUAAAAAUAAACGUCAAAACCGUUUACUGUUUUAUUCAUGUCACCGUUCUGGAAAUUAUAUACCUAAACUGCGUGGUCCUCGGCAAAGAAUAUCAAGGUCUGAAGGUACUUGCAAAACAGGUGUCCUGUGUACAUCUGGUAUUAUUUGUAGGAUAAAUUCAAAUGACAUAACUGUCAAGUAUUGUCCUUAUCACUAUGGUCAUGGGAAAGAAACAACACUUAUGCAUCUCACACCUCAGGAACAACGUGCUAUAACAGAAAAUGUCUCUAAAGGAAUUUCAUUUGAAAAAUUACUCGAUGGCAUACGAGACUCUCAGUCAACUAAGGAUCAUUUUCAACUGCAUUUUCUAAAGAGGAAAGAUAUCCGUAACAUCAAAAAUGCUUAUAAUUGUAAAGCAUAUAACAGUGAGUUAAAUGAUGCUGAAAGUGUUGACCAUUGGGUUCAUCUUUGUCACCAAAUACAAAAUUCUCCCAUCCUAGCAUACAGACACAAAGAUUUUAUUAAUGGAGUUGCAACACAAGAUGAAUUUUUGCUGGUUAUUAUGACAGAAUUCCAAAAACAUAUACUUCUUACUUCAAGUAAAAAAGUAGUCUGUGUGAUUUCGCUGUUUCGUAGAAGAGGUGGCCCUUUUUACCUCACUGUGCUUUUCGUCAUGGAUGAAUAUGAUCUUGCUUUUCCGGCUGCAUUUUGCAUCAGCAGUAAAGUUGAUAAAUCUGUAAUAACUCAGUUCUUUGAUGCCAUUAAACAAUCUGCUGGACCUUUAUCUGCAACUUAUUUUAUAUCAGAGAAUAUUCCCUUGUUUUAUGAUACAUGGAGAGAAGUGAUGAAUGAUGAAGCAAAAUGGCUAUGGGGUAUGUGGUAUGUAGAUAGCAGAAUCAGGGGGCAACUGAAACUCUUUAAAGGUGAUACAGAAAAAAGAAGUGAUGUAUAUAAAACUAUGAGAAUUCUUCUUGAAUGUCAGGAUAAAACAGUAUUUUCUGUAAUGUUUGAAAAUUUUCUGGAAAAACUUUUAAAUGAUUCCCAAACUAAAGAUUUAGGCAACUUAAUUCAACAAUAUUUUGGAUGUAAUCUGGAGAAAUGGGCUUGUUGCUAUCGCAAGGAUAUAAAUUUAAGUACAGACAUUCAUUUGGAAAUCAUGUAUCGCAUAUUGCGAUACUGUUGUCGAGAAGGAAAGAAAACAAAACUAAAUAAAUUUAUAUUUGUUUUGAUGAAAUUUGUUCGAGACAAGAUGCUGGAUCGUUUUUCAAAUUCAAUUGAUGAAGAAAAAAUUAAUUUAGCCCUUGAAAGUAUAAAUGCUUGUCACAAUUUAGGUUUGGAAAUACUCACUAGUGAUAUAUGUGCUGUUUCAGAAAAAUUAUGGUUAAUUCAAUCAAAGGAAGAGAAUUUUUAUGUAAGUCAUGAAAUGACGACUUGCCUUGAGCACUGCAAUUUAAGAUGUGAAGAAUGUGAUAUUUGUAUACAUAUGUUCACAUGCAAUUGUGUUCAUAAUUUAAUUAAUGGCAGUCUUUGUCCACAUAUUCACGCUGUUGUUUGGAACUUGUUAACUCCACAUUUUUCAUAUCCUGUUUUAGACCAAGUUGCUGUAAAUGAAUCUAUGGAUGAUAUUGCAGAAAAAAAUACAGAGGACUGUUCUGAACUUUUUGAAAGUGUUCUUAAAAAGACUCAUGACUUAUACAAAAAGAUUCGAUCUAAUAAGAGCAACUUGAAUAAAAAAUCAUUGAGUUCUCUUCUGAAAGGAAUAAAUGAAUGGAUUGAUAUAUGUGGUGGGAAAGUGCCUGAAACCCCAAUGCAGUCUCAAGCAACUCAGACUUCAAAUCCUAAGUCCACAGUCCUGCUAAAUCCAAUUUCAGAAAAUGGUAUUUCACAGCAAUUAAUAAUGCCAAAUCAAUUUCCAGAUGCUUUACCAAAUAAUGCUUUAUUUUCUCAGUAUGUAAUUUUCCUUCCAAAUAAUAAUAUGGCAUGACAUGUAAUAAAUUCCUACAUACAAUUGAUUUUUCUGCUAUAAAUUUUAUUAUUUCGAA